AUGUCCCGUUUAGACAGAUUGGUGGUUCUCCUAGAGACGGGCUCCACGCCGUUCAUUCGAAAUACGGCGGCAGACCAACUCUCGGACAUUGCCAAGGGACACCCCGAGGAUGUGAUUUCUCUUCUAGGUCGGGUGUAUCCUUUCCUUAAGGCUGAGAGAUGGGAGACACGUAUUGCCGCCGCCAGAGCCUUUGGUGGUAUCGUGGCCAAUGCGCCCCGCUGGGACCCGAACUCCGACGAAACAAUUAAGAAGGAGCAGCAGCUUCAGAGCAUCCAAGACCUGGUCACUGUUAAAACAGAGGAAAUGCCGAAUGUAAAGCUUGAACAGGACGAAGAGCUCCGAAAGCUCGACAACGGUUUCCUGACUCUUGUAACUUUCGAUUCUUGGAAUCUUGGCGAGCUUCUUGCGAGCGGACGUAAAUUGCUAGCGUCUGGAGGCUCCGACAUCAACGGCACUCUGCCAGAUGACCAGGUGCCCAGUGAAUUCAUGCAGAAGUUGAAGAAACACAGGCCUGUCGUCAAAACAGAGCCCGUGCAAUCAACCAGCCCAGCCAUGAAGAAAGAAGAGGAAAGCUCAACGCCAGAAGUGGCGCUCGUUGCGCAGUCACCUACUCCUGAAGCCCCCGCCAAGUCUUCCGCCUCUAGUGCCAGAUUGAAGGCUAUGCAGAGACGUAGAGCAAAGGUGAAUGCGAAAUCUUCUGCUUCGAAGGUUACUCCUGUAGAUUUGUCUCAGUCCUCCUUGACCCGUGAACUUGCAGAGAAUGGCGAGGGCGAGGUGAAGGAGGAGAUGUCACUGUUUGAUUUAUCUGGGCCACAUGAUGGCACAAAGUUGAUGAUGAAAGAAAACGACACCGAAUUGUCUCCUUUACUUUCUCAGCACACAAAAGUGGCAGGUUUGGUUUGGCAGUUUCAAGGAGUGUUCGAACUUCUUACCAAUGAUCUUUUCGAUGACAACUGGGAAGUAAGACAUGGUUCCGCUCUUGGCCUUCGAGAAUUGAUUAAAACACAUGGCACAGAUGCUGGCAGAAUCAUGAACAAGUCAAGGGAAGAAAAUGACGCCAACAACGCUGCCUGCCUUGAGGAUUUGGCUGUGCGUCUAUGCACCCUUUUCGCCUUGGACAGAUUUGCAGACUAUGUGAACGAUACUGUCGUGGCCCCAGUUAGAGAAUCUGGCGCCCAGACACUUGCUGCUCUCCUCACCCAUCUAGAUAUUUCCACAACGAUAAAGACAUUCUACUGUCUUCGAACCCUUGUCCUACAAGAAGGUAUGCACUUUAAGCAACCGCAAAAAUUCUGGGAAGCAAAGCAUGGUGGAAUGCUCGGUGUUCGUUACUUUGUCAGCAUAAGAACCGAGGUUCUCCUAUCACACCCGGAGUUACUAGAUAGCGUUGUCUCAAUGGUCCUUCAUUGUUUGAAAGAGAGUGAGGAUGAUGUCCAGUCGGUUGCUGCUUUGACACUUGCGCCCAUCGCUAGCGAGUUUGUCAAGACAAGAACAGAGGUAAUUGCAUCAUUAUUGGAAGUGGUUUGGAACUGUUUGUCGAGCUUCGAGGAUGAUUUAUCUGCAUCUAUCGGAUCUGUCAUGGAAUUACUUUCAAAACUUUGUACACAUAAGGAAGUUAUUGAAAUAAUGCAGUCACAUGAGUUCCAGGUGUCUGCAGAUUCGUUUGAUAAUCUUGUACCAAAGUUGUUCCCCUUUUUAAGACAUUCUAUCACUAAUGUCAGAAAAUCCACUUUGAAAACCUUGUUGGAGUUCAUCUCAAUCGACGAUCCAUCCUCAAAAUUAUGGAUUGGCUCGAAGACUUUGCGUCUAAUCUUCCAAAACUUGCUUGUGGAGCAAAACCCGGAGGUACUCUCUCUAUCACAAGAGGUAUUUGACAAGCUUCUAAACGAGAUCCAAAUCAACUCCGAGCUAUCGACUUUAGAUUCUUACUUUGCUAUCCAGGUACAAUCUUUAACAACUCUCAUCAUGACACCUAUUGGCAUAGCAAGACACAAUUACCAAAUGAAUUCAAGUCUCCUCAUGAGGCCUACAGAUACAAAUUUUGAUAGAAUCGAUGGCCGUGGUAUUGUUCAUGAGGUGAACGACACAUACUCAGAUGCUCCUAUUUCCGACUCAGCUCCUAAAAGAGGAAGAAAGCGUAAGUCCGAACUCAAGAUAGAUUCUUCAGAUCAGGAUCAUCUCAAGAUCAAUAUUGACGCCCCUGUGCUCAAUGGUGAUGUCAUGAUCGUAGGUUACGACACUUUUGUUGGAAUGAGAGUUGCUGCAGCCAGAGCUAUGGGAAGAGCAUUAGCGCAACUUGAGUCCGAAUCGGAUCUUCUCAAAGCAUUCGAGAACCUAAAGAAUUACUUGACAUCUCCACACGCUACGCCUCGCCUAUUUGUUGCCAUUAUUGUCGAAGAAUAUGCACUUGCUUUGAAAGAAAAAUCUGUCAGUGCUCCUCCCGCUAUCGUUGAUAUGGUCGUGCCAAUAAUGUCGGAGUUGAUCUCUGACACUGAGGGUAUCAUAUACUUCCGGGAGUUGGUUUCCACUUUGAAGAGUGCCAGAACUGCUUGCUUGCAAUUGUUCGACGUUUUCAUUACGAAAGGUAAGCUUCCCCAAACAAAAGUGCCUCAUUGCCCAGUAAUUGUGCAAGGUGAGGCUGGUUCUGGGCCCGGUGCGUUCAGUAUCGAAAGUGCCACAAAACUUCUUGAUGAAACGUAUCCAAAACUUGUCAAAUCACUCUCAGCAACGUACCGUCUCUCGGCUCACCUGGCUCUUGAGGACGCAAAGCACAGAAUUGAGCAAACGUUACUUGUGGCAAAAGCUGCUAAUUCUCAAAGAUCCACAAGUAUUCUGGCAUCGUAUGCAGCUGCUAUUUUGGCUCUCAGCGGUAUCCCCAGAAAGCUCAAUCCGAUUAUAAGAUCAUUAAUGGAAAGCAUCAAGCUUGAAGAGACACUCCUUUUACAAAAGCGUACUGCUCAAUCCUUUUCGUCUCUCAUUGAGGGCCUUAAUGCAGUUGGCAAGUCUGGCCCAUCAGACAAGAUUUUGAAGAAUCUUUGUGCAUUUUUGUGUGUUGACACAUCCGAAGUGCCCGAGUUUAUCCACAAUUCCAAGAUCGAGGACAAUAUUCUCUCCCUUCGAAAGGAAGAGGCAAAGACUGAUCCCGCAGACAUUGCAGCUCACGAGGAGGCUCUUAAAGGUGCUCGUAUUAAACGAAAUGGUGCUCUCUUAGCAUUGGACGCAAUUUUGCAAAAGUACGGAGAAAAUCUUUUUGACCUGCUUCCUAAGCUCACAGAAAUUCUAUUUGAUCCUCUCAAAUUGCUCCUCGAUCUUGAGCUGAAGCCCUUGGAAGAUGAUCUAGUUGGACAGAGUAUAAUCGAUGCUUUGGGUGUCUUAAAAGCUUUGUUCCCUAAGUUGAGCGUAAAGCUUCAUAGCCGCAUCUCAGAGUAUUUGCCGAAUUUGGUUGCCGGUUUGAAGAAUCCACUUUCUGUCUUGAGGUAUUCUACAUCUAAGUGCUUCGCCACUGCUUGCUCAGUAUUACCUUCCAAGGUAUUUCCUGUUAUAAUUAAAGAGGUCAUUCCGAUGCUCAAUAACGCAGCGGAAUUCAGGGAAAGACAAGGAGCUAUCGAGGCUGUAUAUCACGUUGCAAGCACUAUGGGCGCAGAUAUUUUGCCCUACAUUGUUUUCCUAAUCGUCCCUGUUUUGGGUAGAAUGAAUGAUGCUGACCCCGAUGUCAGAAUCAUAGCAAGUACAACCUUUGCUUCAAUCAUCAAGCUCGUUCCAUUGGAAGCUGGUAUCCCAGACCCACCAGAUAUGCCCGAAGAACUUCUUGCAGGAAGAGAUAGAGAGCGUGACUUCAUUCAACAAAUGAUGGAUCCAUCCAAGAUUACCUCGUUUGAGGUUCCUGUCGCUAUCAAGGCUAAAUUGCGUAACUAUCAACAAGAAGGUGUCAACUGGCUUGCAUUUUUGAAUAAGUACCGUUUGCAUGGUAUUUUGUGUGAUGAUAUGGGUUUAGGGAAAACGUUACAGACAAUUUGCAUCAUCGCAUCAGACCACCAUAUCAAAGAGGAGAAAUUUGCCGAGACCGGACUAGCAGAGUUCAAGAAGAUUCCUAGUUUGAUUAUUUGUCCACCUUCUUUGACAGGUCACUGGGAACAAGAGCUAGGGCAAUACGCUCCCUUUUUGAAUGUCGUUGUGUAUGCUUGCGGACCAACUGCUAGAGUUCACCUUCGUCCACAAAUGGAGAAUGCGGAUGUCAUUGUGACAUCGUAUGAUGUGUGCCGUAAUGAUGUAGACGUGUUGGCUGCAUAUCAGUACAAUUACUGUGUUCUAGACGAGGGCCACAUCAUCAAGAACUCUGCAUCGAAAUUGAGCAAGGCAGUCAAGCGUAUGCGAGCUGAGCACAGAUUGAUUCUAUCAGGUACUCCUAUUCAAAACAAUGUUUUGGAACUCUGGUCCCUUUUUGACUUCUUAAUGCCAGGAUUUUUGGGUACAGAAAAGGUUUUCAUGGAGAAGUUUGCAAAGCCCAUUGCUGCAAGCAGAAACAGUAAAACUUCUUCCAAGGAACAAGAAGCAGGUGCUUUAGCCCUCGAAUCGUUGCAUAAACAAGUCUUACCGUUUAUGCUUCGUCGUUUGAAGGAGGACGUCUUGUCGGAUUUGCCUCCCAAGAUCAUCCAAGAUUAUUAUUGUGAGUUAUCGGAAUUGCAAAAGAAAUUGUAUAAGGAUUUUGCCAAAAAACAGAAGUCGCUUGUUGAAAGCGAAAUUAAUGAGCAAGAUGAAGAGGAGUACAAGAAGCAGGACAGUCAUAUCUUCCAAGUUUUGCAAUACAUGAGGAAACUAUGCAAUCACCCAGCUUUGGUGGUUACGCCAAGCCAUCCACAAGCAGCUGAAGUUGCCGAAUAUUUGGCGACAAAAAAAUCUGACUUGAAGAGUAUUGAGCAUGCCCCUAAAUUGAAGUCUUUGAAAACUCUUUUGUUAGAGUGUGGAAUUGGAGUCAAUGAUAGUGACUAUUCCAGCGCAAAAUUCAAGGCUAAACAAAAGCAACUCCUCACUUCUGAUGGCGUGAUCUCUGAGCACCGUGCGCUCAUCUUUUGCCAGUUGAAAGACAUGUUGGAUAUUGUCGAGGAAGAAUUAUUCAAAAAACAGAUGCCCUCAGUCACAUAUAUGAGACUUGAUGGUCGCACUGAGCCUCGUAGUAGACAAGCUAUUGUGCGUAAAUUCAACGAGGAUCCCUCGAUUGAUGUGUUGCUUCUUACAACCAAGGUUGGUGGAUUAGGUCUCAACUUGACUGGAGCUGACACUGUUAUUUUUGUCGAACACGACUGGAACCCAAUGAACGAUUUACAAGCCAUGGACAGAGCACAUAGACUCGGUCAGAAGAAGGUUGUGAAUGUUUAUCGUCUCAUUACAAAGAACACUUUGGAAGAGAAGAUCAUGGGUCUACAGAAAUUCAAAAUGAACAUUGCUUCUACGAUUGUCAAUCAACAGAAUUCAGGUCUUUCUUCAAUGGGAACCAAUCAAUUAUUGGAUCUCUUCGACGUUGAAGAGGGAACGAAUUCAUCAACUGCUGAAAACGGUACAGAGGAACAAGCAGGUUCUGAAAAGAUCCAAGAAUUGACGGGAGGCUUACCUCCAGAUGCUAAUGAAGAUCCUAACAACAUGUGGGAUGAUUCUCGCUAUGAAGAGGAGUACAAUUUGGAUAAUUUCAUCAAGACGCUCAAGUAG